AUACUUUUGUCUUUUUUUAUGACAAUUUCGAAAAUAUCAAAAUAAUGAAAGAUUGUUCCGAUCUGUUAAGUUUAGCCCAAGAAAAAGUGCAAUUUGGGCAAUCAUUACUCAAUUCUCUUACGCAAUACAAUCAAAUCGAAGGAAUACAAAAAUUGAGCAGAAAGAUAAAGCAAGAGCUAAGCUUUUUGGAAAAGAUUUCUAGGGAUGAGAGUAUUAAAAAAGAGCAUUUGCAAUGUUCCAAUUUGACCCAUUUCAAUGCAUUAAUCCAAACCUUACGCGAAUUACAAAACUGUCAAAGUGUCAAUAAAGUGUUUAACUUGGGCGAUAAGAAGAUCAGCGUUGAUAUUAUAUGUGAUGAAGGUUUAACAUGGGUGAAAGUCAUCGCUCGCAAUCCGAAAUCGCUAGCACAGAUCAGUGCUGGUGAUACUGGUUAUGGUGUACGUAGUAUUGUAGAUCAAGCUGAAGAUUAUUUAGAAUGUGCAAAACAACAUCCAUGUCUGUUUCGGACACCAAAGAUAAUGUUUGUAUUUUUCUCUGGAAUUUCCAAUGACUUGUCUGAAACAUUAGAAGAACUUGGAAUUGUAGUGAGGAGAACUAGAAUAGAACACCAUGUGGAAAAUGGUUACAGUGCGGACAGUUCUGAUCUAUCAACCAAGAAUGUGUCUCACAUACUAAAGAUAAACUUGGAUGUGUCUGCAAUGUUGGCAUAUGUUAGUUCCAUUACGAAUGGAAGUUGCAAUAGGUAUAAAUUUACAACACCAGUUCUUAUUCAACAAGCAGAAUGGGAAUCGAGAAGACCAGUGAAGCCCAUUCUUGACGCUUACUUUCAAGGUAAAAACUUGUACUGUUGCGAAACUGCGAGAAAUAGCUUCAUUAACAUCCUCAACACAGUUGGAGGAUCAAAUGAAAAAAUACGAGGCCAAGAACUACUUUCAAAGUUAAUUGUUCUUCCGGAUAACGCGACUGCCAGCGACACCGAAGGAACAAAUGCAAACCUCAUCUGUUUUAGUAGCGUUCAAUUUUCCUCAAACAAGGUUCUAAACGUCGGCGGUAAAAUCAGAGAAAGAUCUUUGAUUAUAUUUAAGUUUGGCGACCGUAUUCAGGCUGUAACUGUAACGUCAAAUGAUGGGUUUGUCCGAGCAGCAAAACAACAGGGUAUUUAUUUUGUUGUGUUUGUUCAUGAAUCAAGGGCACUUACUGAACAAAAGGAAUCAAAAGCUAUUAAACUAUAAAAUAGAAACAUUAGUAGGUAAUGUAAUUAAGUAAUUUUUUUAUACUUAUAUAACCAAGUUUAUAAAAUGUAAAACAGUUAUAAUGCAUUAUAUAAUUUAAAUUUAAA